UUUGAGAAGACAAGUCAUCGUCAUGGAUAUCAGACCAAAUCACACGGUCUACAUCAACAACAUCAAUGACAAAGUUAAAAAAGAAGAGCUGAAGCGGUCACUCUACGCACUUUUCUCCCAGUUUGGACAGAUUCUUGACAUUGUGGCUAUGAAGACAAUAAAGAUGCGAGGGCAAGCAUUUGUCAUCUUCAAAGAGCUUGCUGCUGCCACCAAUGCCCUCCGACAGUUACAGGGCUUCCCCUUCUACAACAAACCCAUGAGAAUACAGUAUGCUAAGACAGACUCUGACAUCAUCAUGAAGGGCCGGGGCACCUACGGUGACAAAGAGAAGAAGAAGGAUAAGAAGAAGAAAGCUCAAGAGCCAACAGCAGUUGUUGCCAAGAAACUACCUCCUGGAACUGGAGGACCUCUGCUCACUCCUGCAGUACAGGUUCCAGACAAUCCUCCGAACCAUAUCCUGUUCUUAAGUAACCUGCCGGAGGAAACCAACGAGAUGAUGCUGUCCAUGCUCUUCAACCAGUUUCCUGGUUUCAAAGAAGUUCGUCUGGUUCCAGGAAAACACGACAUAUCAUUUGUGGAGUUUGAGAGCGACACACAGGCCGGCGUAGCCAAAGACGCACUACAGGGUUUUAGAAUCACUGCCGUCUGCGCCAUGAAAAUCACGUACGCCAAGAAGUAGAGAUGGAACAAAUUCUUAGUUUUUAAUUUUUUUUCUGUACAUCAGCCUGUUUUCUUUCUUUUCUUUUCCUUUUUUUCUGUGUAUUCAAUUGUAGGUUUGUUGGAUAAACCCAUGGUCUGAAGCUUAUUUUGUAAAAUAACAAAUAAACUGAUUUUUAAAUAA